CGUUGAAGAUUAGAGGCCUGCUGUCUGUCGUCCACAUUACUGAUGAUGGACUGAGCAUCUUGGAACCUCUGGAGAUCACAGACACUCAUGUGGUGGUGAAAGUCCCUCAUCUCUCUGCCUUUGGCCUGGUCUGGGAUUUCAUUCAACGAUUUAUCAACAUCACACUGCCAGUAGAGGGUCAAGUCCUGCUGUUCCUGAGACCUCCUGAUGAAGGGCCUCGAAUACUUGAUGUGUUUCUGCUGCAGGAAAACAUCCCUCUGUCCGAGGUAAAUCUGUUAAGGCUCAACAAAGGUGCUAAAUACAUCAGGACCUCCUCUGAUUCUGACUGUAAACUGUACAUUGGUCAAAGUUACAGUGUCCACUGUGAACCUGAGGACUAUAUACAGCCUGUGCGUGUCAAUUUUCGCUCUAAGUAUGGACCAAAUUUCCAUCCGACGUUUGAGGUUUUUCUGACUUCUAACUCAAACACAGUGACUGUGACUGUGGUCCAAGACCAGGAGAAGACUGAGGUCUGGAAACGUAAUGUUAAUCUGCCAGGUCCAAGGAGGGAAACUGCACAGAGCAGCGUCCCAGCAGAGGACAGGCUGCUCUUGGUUCGGAUAAAGUUUAUUGACAGAGUGACUGAACCUGUUCUAAACCAGCUCCUGGAUAAACUUCUUGAGCGUGGAAUUAUAAAUGAUGAAGAAAUGCAGUCAGCAAGAGCAAAAAUCAGAGCAGACAAAGCACGAGACGUGAUCGACACUGUGCGAAAAAAAGGAGCUAAAGCCAGCUCAGUUCUGAUCGCUGCUCUCUGUGAGGUGGAUCCAUGUCUUUUCAGGGAGCUCAGACUAAGAUGAAGCACAGGCCAGAAGCUGUGGAUGUGAUCCAUCCAGGCC